AUGGCGGGAGUGAACGGUGACCGUAAAGGAAAGAAGGAUGACAACGGGAUGGGCACGGCCGUUGACUUUUUGCUCUCCAAUGCCAAGCUUGUGCUUGGGGUCGGAGGAGCUGCCAUGCUUGGCAUUGCAACACUAGCAGUCAAAAGAAUGUAUGACCGUGCCAUAAGUGCUCCGACCAGCCCUACUAAGAUGGAACCAUCAGGGAAAAGGAGUUGGGAAGAACCAAGUUGGAUGGGCUCGUCACCACGGGUACUUAACCACGACAUGAGGUCAACAGUGAGCAGGUCACUGCAGACUCUACCCACCUCCUCCAACUCCUUUGAACCAGACUGCAUGCGGAGGGCGGCGGGGCGGGGACGUAGUGCUGCAGGGGAGACCGACCUCUUCCGGGCCAAGAUGCGCCUCUCCUUACAGGAGAAACUGUGGGAGUUCUACCAGGAGCGUGUGGCCAUCCCCGCUGAGGAGCAGGCCACAGCCCGCCGGGCUGCCCUGGACAUCUGCGCAGAGCUGAGGAUCUUCCUGCAUGCCAAGCUGCCUGACAUGCCUCUCCGAGAGAUGUACCUCAGCGGCAGCCUCUACGACGACCUGCAGGUGGUGACAGCGGAUCACGCUCAGCUCAUGGUCCCUCUGACCCUGGAGAAGAACCUGUGGUCGUCAGUCCCCGGGGAGGACACCAUCAUGAACGUUCCGGGCUUCUGGCUGAUUCGCAGGGAGAACCUGGAAUACUUCCCCCGAGGCAGCAGCUACUGGGACCGCUGCAUGGUAGGUGGCUACCUCUCCCCCAAGUCUGUCCUGGAGGUGUUCGAGAAGCUGGUGGCGGGCUCCAUCAACUGGCCGGCCAUCGGCAGCGUUCUGGACUACGUGAUCCGGCCGGUGGUUCCCUCGGAGACGCUCACCCUGGAGGUCCAGUACGAGACAGACCGCCUUCUUUACGUGGACUUCCUGCCUCUGCUGGUGAUGGACGACGGCGCCUCGCUCAUCGCCAAACCACACAGGCUGGCUGCGGAGCGCCAUGAAAACCUGUGGCGGCAGAGCUUCCGUGUGGCGGAGACUGCGCGCCUGCGGGCUCUGGACCAGGAGGACGGGGGCUGCCGCUGCGCCUGCCUCAAGGUGACUAAAGCCGUGUGCAAGCUGAACCCGGCCCUGGCGCGCCUGUCGGCCAGUCAGCUCACCAACGCCAUACUGCUACUGAGCGAGAAGGAGGGCGACUGGACCCAGGAGGCGCUGGCUAACCGCUUCCUGCAGUUGCUCCGCUCGCUAGUGGGACACCUAGAGGCCGGGAGGCUCCCCUGCGCCCUGGUCCCCAAAGUCGACCUGUUCUGUGAGCUGACGCCAGUGGAGGUGGAUGAGCUAGGAUAUACCCUCUACUGUUCCCUCUCUGACCCAGAGGGACUCCUAAGGACUCCUCAGUCUAAGUCUGGUCACGGGUUCUAGGGUUUAGGACAGAUGGUAUAUAAUUCUAAGAUUCCAUACUGCAGAAGAGGAUAGGAUAUGUAAUUCAUAUGCGCUUCAGACAUGGACCAUGUCCCCUGUGACCAUGUCGCUGUGUGAUUGAUUCAACAUCACGUCGCUGGAGUCCCUGUUUCAUCGAUCAAUAUCUUUCUCUUGUACUUUUUUAUUUUAUUUGUGUAAUUAUGUUUGUGAUAAAGUAAAAAUGCAAAAUAAACCACUUUAGUAUGGGUGUUUAACAAUGAAUACAGGAUCAUCCGAAUACCAGUUCAACCUCAGAUGAUGAAACCGGUCUCUUCAUAUGGUCCCUAUGCUGCACGUAAGCCGUUUAUAAAUAGUACUGUUCAGGGGGGUAUACUUUAAAGCAUGAUCAAGGAGUUGGCCGACUAACUUGCCUAGAUAUCCUGAAAUGACUUCAAAUGGGCUUGGUCUAAUUGACUUAACCAAAAACACAAUUUAGCUUAAUGAACCCCAAAAUAGGAAGUUAUUUCUGUUUGUUUAUCAAGGUUGAACCUGUUUUGUAGUAUACCCCUUGGGGUAGGACUGUGUUUGUUGAAUUGGGGAUUGUUUCAUUGGCUAAUAUUAUGUUACCGUAAUAUUAUGUAGCCAGUUUGGAUUGAAUCGUGUCGGGGGGGGGGGGGUGAAUAUAUUUAUUCAUUAUAAUUUGUGGGAAUGGAAAUUGGGGUUUAUUUGAAAGAUAUUUUGGUAGCUCGAUCCUCAGAUUGCAGGUCUUUCAAACACUGAGAUUAUGAUGGGUAACAUUAGUUUAAUGCUAGUUAAUAUCAUGUCUGAACAGGGGCAUGAAAGAGAUCUCUCAGUUAAAUGAACAAGCCUCCAUCAUCGGCUCAAGCAGUAUUGUUCUCUACACAUAUACGCUUACCAUUAAGCUGAGACUUGGAGGCAGGGUGCUUCUUACACUCUGCCAUGAGAUGCCAGUUCAGCUAGUUUGGUGACACCGUCAAUACUGCCGCCCCCUAACGAGGUAAAUGGUCUUGAGCACUGUUGUGGUCCACUAGGAAAUAAGACCAGUGAGUGGAACAUGACAGCGGGUUGUUCUUCUACUGCAGGGUACUUAUAGUACUGUAGCCUGGUAUCGUACAGUUUGUGCUGUAGCCAACUCUUCUCGUUGUCAUGUAUGGCAUUGACAUGGCAAGGCUAGAAGAGUUGCUUACAGUGCAGACAGUAUGGGACGAGGCUACACUUAGCCUACUCUACCGCUCUGACUGUGUAAAUGGAUAGAAUGUAAUGUUGACCACGUGAGCCGCCGCAAAAGCAAAUAAAUUAUUGUGGUAUGACUGAAAUCUUGACAUUCUUGAGGUAAAAAAACUGCUUUUUUUUUUGUCUAGAUGUCUUGAAGUGAGUUUUUGAAUUUGGUUCAAGUUAUAGUUCUGAAAUUGUAGCAAACUUUGCAAGGGGAUAGGCUGCUGAGGGGAGGGCGGCUCAUAAUAAUGGCCGGAAUGGAGUGAUAUCAAACGCGUUCAUGUGUUUGAUUCCAUUAACUCCAUUCCAGAUGUUAUUAUGAGCCGUCCUCCCAUCAGCAGCCUCCACUGGUGAAAAUGCCCACUAAAAAGCCUAAUAUAUAAAUCACAUAGGUUUCUAUCUUCAUGGUAUUUAAGUUGCGGAUGAUUUGUGUUUUCCAGGACUCCUCCCACAAAGUUGUUGAAUGAAAGAAUGUUGAGAAAUACGAAUAUAUGCUUUUAUGUUAGGAAUGUGUGCCGUUUGCAUGAGUAAGAAUACCAAUGUAGAAAGUUAAUCAUACGUUGGGUUAUUGUUAUACACCUCUGUACUGUCUGUUUAUGACGUCAAAUAUGUCUUGUGACGUUAAGAUAAAAUACUUGACGUA